ACUGAGCUUUUUACGAGCUGUUGCUGAAAUUUAAAAUUGAAUGGAUGAAUAAAUACAGCAUGGAUGAUUGUGUCAAUGGACCAUUUGUCUUCAGAGUUAACGACAAUGGUGGUGGCCCUCAUUUACUUGUUCAGGUAUGUACAGAGCGAGGCUGGAGAGAAUACACCGGUGAUAAUAACAAUGCCUUCAAGGAUCGUUGGAAUUUAUGGUGGAAAUCCGGUGGAUUUCCUACAUCUCAUUACAAAAGUUCAUUACCUUGGCAAUUUAUAAAUAGAAUACCAAAAGGAAGUUCAAUAUGUAGAAAAGAUAAUCUCGUUAGACAUUUAAAAUGUAUGCGUCAAAUUUAUGGAUCUAUCUAUGACAUCAGUCCUCCAGGCUAUAAUUUACCAUCAGAGUAUACAAAACUUGCUGCUGAUUGUAGUAGAUUUGAAAAAGAUGACAUGAUAUGGAUAUGUAAACCAGUUGGACAAAGUCAAGGACGAGGAAUUUUUCUUUUUAGGAAAUUAAGUGAUUUAACAUAUGACAGUGCAGCUGUUGUACAAAAAUAUAUUGAAAAACCUUUACUAAUUGGUGGAUACAAAUUUGAUUUAAGACUUUAUGUUUGUGUUCCUUCAUAUAGACCAUUAACUAUUUAUUUAUAUAAAGAAGGUAUUGCUAGAUUUGCAACUGAAAAAUUUACACUUGAUAAUAUUGAUGAUCCAUUUCGUCAUUUAACAAAUUUUGCUUUAAAUAAACUUGGACCUGGUUAUUCAAAAAAAAAAGAACGAAUUGGAGCAGGUUCAAAAUGGAGUUUUCGUCAACUCAGAAGAUACAUGGAUCAAUCAGGUUUUAAUGAUUGGUUUCUUUGGCAACGUAUUGCUAGUUUAAUAAAUUUAACAAUAUUAAGUCAAAUAUCUGGAAUACCAAAAUCAUCAAAUUGUUUUGAAUUUUUUGGUUUUGAUGUUUUAGUUGAUGCUAAUCUUAAACCUUGGCUACUUGAGGUUAAUGUAAGUCCAGCUCUUGGAAAUAAUUGUGAAGUUGAUAUAGAAGUUAAAAAACCAUUACUUCAUGAUUUAUUUGAUCUUUUGGGUCUUCCUGUUUGUAAUACUGGUCUUUCAUUAUUUAAAAUAUGGUCAGCAUCAAGUCCAGUUGUUGAUAAUUGUGUUGAUGAUUAUUGUACAUCAAAAUAUUAUCAAUCAAGAUCAUCAAAACGACAUAAUAAAGUUGGACAAGAUGCAGUAACAUUUGUUAAUGUUUGUACAAAUAAAAUUGUACCACAAUUAACACAAGAUAAUUUGUGCUCUAGGUCAUAUACAAAAUUUGAUACAUUGUGUAUUGAAAAAAAUAUACGUAAAGGUUUUAAAGGUAAUAAUAAACAUGAUCAAUCAUCUGGUGGACUUAUUUGGGACAAUGGAAGAGACUGGAAUAAUCCAAAAACUAAAGAAGGUGGUUGGAUUCGUAUUUAUCCAUUUAUUGAACAAAAAACUAUUGAAAAUAUUGAAAUUGAAUACAGAUGGAAUUCUGAUGAGCCAAAAGCCAUUGAAAAAGAAAUCAAAAAUAGUGUUUUGGAUAUACAAAAAUUCAUCAAAGCCGCCAAAGAUAUUUAUCAAAAAUUUGGUAAAGACGGAGAUGAAAAAUGUAACGAAUUAUUCACCAAAGAAUUAGAAUUAAAUACUGAAAUAUGGCUACCCGAAAAGUGACGAUAAUAAUUGUACAUUAAACCUUGUGGUGUUCUUGAAAAAAAAAAAAUUAUUUGUGUUCGCGGGCUUAUAUUGCUCUUAUAUAAAGUAUUUUUAAAAUAUUGUAAAUUAUUAUUGGAUAAAAAAAUAAAUAUUAAUUAUAAAUGUAAUACAAUGAUGUU